AUGUUGUUGUCCACGCUGCGUCUCUGCUGUCUGCUCAGCGGCUGUGUCCUCAUCAACUGUUCAGUCUUCCUGGAACCUCCUGUUGCCGGUCAGAUUCUGCGCUCCUCCUCCAGGUGGCGCCGGGCGAACUCGGGUCUGGAGGAGAUGUUUCCUGGAGACCUGGAGAGGGAGUGUUACGAGGAGCGCUGCUCCCAGGAGGAGGCAGCCGAGAUCUUCCACAGCCAGGAGAAGACGCUGGAGUUCUGGUUCAGAUACAUCAGUCUGAAUCCAUGUGAGACCAAUCCCUGUCUGAACAGAGGAAUCUGCACCAUGGACCGAGGAGACUUCACCUGUCUGUGUCUGCCAAAGUAUCGAGGAAAGACCUGCGAGUCAGAGGUGUUGGAGUGUGUCUAUAAGAAUGGCGGCUGUCAGCAGUACUGCAGAGACCUGCCGGGGGGCGCCGGAGUUCAGUGUGACUGUGCUGACGGAUACAAACUGGAGGCUGAUGGACGGAGCUGCUCUGCAGCAGUGGCGUUCCCCUGUGGCGUGCAGCAGGAAGAGUGGCGCUUCCGUCGCUUUGAAUGGGUCAACGUCACCAUGGAGACGGACUACAACAGUACUGGCAUGACUGAGUUGACAGCGAACACAUCAUGGGAGAGAGGGCCCCCCCAGGACCUGGGGGGAGGGUCCUGGGAGCCCCGAAUCGUCGGGGGACACCUGGAGAGACGAGGGGGGAGUCCCUGGCAGGUCCUGGUCCGGAGGUCUGAUGGUUUUGGGUUUUGUGGAGGAGCUCUGGUUUCUGAUCGAUGGGUCAUUUCUGCAGCUCACUGCUUCCAGGAGGGUGCAGCAGACCAUGUGACUAUAGGUGAUUUGGAUAAGAAGCGUCCUGAUGAAGAUGAGCAGCUCAUAAAGAUCCAGAAGAUUAUUCUUCAUCCUCAUUUUCACUCCUUCACCUUCGACAGCGACAUCGCCCUCCUCUUCCUCGCCCGGCCGGCACUCCGAGGCCCGACGGCGACACCGGUGUGUCUGCCUGACACACACCUGAGCUCCUACCUGCUGAGGGACCAGAACUAUGGCGUGGUGACAGGUUGGGGCUCCACCCACUACCUGCGGCGCUCCUCACGCUUCCUGAGACGAGUGUCGGUCCCAGUGGUCUCUCACAGCGACUGCACCUCCAGCACUGAGCAGGUGAUCACAGACAACAUGUUCUGUGCCGGGUUCCUGGACGGCACCAAAGAUUCCUGCAGCGGCGACAGCGGCGGUCCCUUCGUGGUGAACUACCGCGAGACCUGGUUCCUGACCGGGGUCGUCAGCUGGGGCGAGAAGUGUGCCGCCAAGGGAAAAUACGGAGUCUACACCAGACUGGGCAACUUCCUGACCUGGAUCAGAGACACCAUGACCCAUGAAGAGCAGCUGGAGGCCCAGGACCCGAUGAACAACCAGCACCUGUCAGGGACUGAGAGGCCGGUCCUGACAGUGACCCAGGAUCCAGUGAACAACCAGGACCUGUCAGGGACUGAGAGGCCGGCCUUGAUGGUGACCCAGGACCCAGUCAACAACCAGGACCUGUCAGGGACUGACAGUCCGGUCCAGACGGUGACCCAGGACCCAAUCAACAACCAGGACCUGAUGGGGACAGAGACGCCAGUCCUGAUGGUGACCCAGGAUCUGAUGAAGAACCGGGACGGUCCUCUGGCUGAUUUCUCGAAGCGCAGUCGAAGUGCAAAGUUUCGUCUCGUUCCAAAGUUCACGAAAGACAAAAACAACAAGAACAAAGAGACGUCUGAAACUCUGUCCAUACCAGUCCAUCAGUGGGGAACAGAGGAAGUUGGACUCUGGUUGGACAGACUUUGUCUCACUGAGUAUAAAGAAAUCUUCGUUGGACACGACAUCCGAGGAGCUGAACUGAUUCACCUGGAGAGGAGAGACCUGAAGGACCUGGGAGUGACCAAAGUGGGCCACAUGAAGCAGAUCCUGCUGGGAAUUCGAGAGCUGAACAGGAACAGCAGCGCCAGCGAGGCCUGAAGGCCACAAGGUCGAUCCAUCUGCUGAGGUGACAGAUGCCAGCUCUGCUCUACCUGACCCCUGACCUCUGACCUCUCAGGACUCACUGUGAAAACCUACAGAAGAACCAAUCAGAUGAUUCACUCGUGCCUUGUAAUUCACCUGGAGCCCAUCAGGGCAUCAUGGACCACUGCAGAUCCAGAUCCAGAUCUAAUGCAUUCCA